AUGAUAAAAGAAGAACGAGGAUUUAAAUUCAACGAAGAUAAUUCCAUCAAGAAUGUUGAUGAUCAUGCCUUUGAAAUUAAUAUUAAUCAAAUUAAAAUAGUACCAUCAAUUGGAUUUAAAACGCAUUUUUCGAAAUGUGAGCUUUCAUACGACGAUGCAUGUAAACGAAGUUUUAUAUUAGAUGGAAAUUUGAAUGUUUCGGCCGCUUCAUCCUGGUUUUCUGCUUCUCUUGGACUGUCUCGAAAAAUUUCCAAACAAAAGUAUGAAAACCGCACGCAAUCGACUGAACAUACGCAUGACAUGCAUAUAAAAGCUGAACUCGUUAUUCAAAACUCAUGUAUUAGCCCUACUGAAGGUUAUAAGAGAGCUGUUGAAGAGGCGGUGAAGGAUACGGGCACGACUCAUGAUAAAAUACAAAAUCUUCGUAAAGUGUCAGAAAAAUAUGGACAUUUUUAUGCACGUCGUCUUGUUGUUGGAGGGGCUAUUAUUAAAGAUGUUGAACAUACUGAGUAUAUAAGUGGAAGUUCUAUAUUUAAAUCCACUGGUGCACAAUUUAAUAUAGGACCUAGUUUGCAGAAUAAUAAUUUACAUGCACGUAUCGGUGCAGAUUUUGUUCAUGAAAAUGAAAACCAAACGAAAUCUUCUAAUAACAAGAUAAAAAAGAAUGUUCGAAUUAUUGGUGGUGAAGAUUUAUAUGACGAUGAGAAUAGUUCUACUACUUUAGAGCCUUGGAAAGAAUCUCUUAAAAAACCCAUUACCUGGAAAAUAAUUGGCUAUAAAGAAAUUUACCCAUUAUUUGAAUUAUUGGAUCCAGAAUUACAAAAAAAAGUUUUGAAAGCUUUAGGACCUCGAAUUUUAAAAUCGGGUAUUGAGAUAGCUAAGUUUAAUAGCGAUCCAAGAGAAUUCAAAUCACAUAUUUGUUAUUUGUCUUCACAAAUUGACGAAAUAAAAAAUAUAGACAAAUGCCAGAUUUUUGCUUCAAUUGUAAACAAAGAGGAAGAUAAUGUAUUUUCUUUACAUAUAGAUUAUGAAGACCAAAAUCCAAUGUUACCAGUAAUUGUAGUUCAUCACAUUCAAUGGGAUCAAUCUAAAUUGGCUAAAUCCUUCGAAAGAAAAACAAACAUUACUAUGAAGCCACACUUUGCUGGAUUGUUGAGUGGAACAUAUCCAGCAGCUUCUGAAAGUAUUAUAAAAAUCCCUAAUUGUGAGGCUUUAAAUCUUAAUCAAACAUGUAUAUUGUGCAUUUGUAAAUUAGAACCGAAUGCUAUUCAACCUAUUCAACCUGCUACUGUACAACCAAUCAAUCACGAUCCACAAAAUACCAAAAUUGUUGUUGGCACUCAUUUUACAACUUGUAAUAAGUCAGCAUGUUUAUUUGCUUAUAAUUUCGAAAAGGAGUUCGUAUAUGAAAGCAUUUUACCAAAGAUGUCAUUAUUUUUCUGUGCCGUCGAUGGAAAAAAUUCUUCUCAAAUGUACGAUUAUGGCCAAAUGUAUGUUGAGUGGCAUCACAAAUCUGGUAACAUAUCAUAUGGCAAAAAUAUUGAAGAUAAGAAAGCUUUACCUAUCCUGACUGAUGAUUUAAAGAACCCAAUUUUAGUGAAUCAGCUUUUUGAUAAUUGCGUUAAUUGCCAAUAUCAUGGAUUUGUUAAUAUUAACAAUUCUGGAAAAGUUACUUAUGGUCAAUUGAACUCAAUAAAAUUAAAUCUUUUUACACAAAAUUUGUUAGUCUUUUGUGCGGUUAAAUUUAUUGAAUUGAUCAAAGUCCGCGAUAACUAG